CGUGCCCUGCCCCAGCUCCGCCCGGGUACCCACGGACUUGUCCGGCGGUGAAACGGGGCCGGCAUGGCGCAGUACGCGAGGAACGCCGCCGCCGUGGCCGUGAUCCGGCUCCGCAACCCGCCGGUCAACGCGCUGAGUUUGACAGUUCUUCAGGCAUUAGAGGAUGGACUGAAGAGAGCGGAUGCAGAUCCUUCAGUGAAAGCUGUUAUGAUUUGUGGCGAAAGUGGGAAAUUCAGUGCAGGUGCUGACAUUCAAGGAUUUUCUACUCCAAAGAGACAGGGUAUUGCCUUGGGCCCCUUAGUUUCUCUCAUCGAAAGGAGCGAGAAGCCUGUGGUGGCUGCCAUUGAAGGCAUUGCCUUGGGAGGAGGCCUGGAGGUGGCACUUGGCUGUCACUAUCGGGUUGCACAUGUGCAGGCACGGAUGGGUUUACCAGAGGUCACCAUUGGGUUACUUCCAGGUGCUGAGGGCACUCAGCGACUACCCAGACUUAUUGGGGUGCCAGCUGCUCUGGAUCUAAUCACUACAGGAAGACACAUUCCAGCAACUGAAGCACUGAAGCUGGGCUUGGUUGAUGAAGUUGUGGAAGAGAACACAGUUGAGGCAGGAAUUCGCUUGGCAAACAAGCUGAUUGGCCAGCCCUUGGGACCCCGCAGGCUCAGCCUGAAGCCCAUUCCAAGGCUGCCCAACAUGGAAGCAUUUCUCAGUGAGGCUCUCGUGAAGGUGAAGAAACAGGCCCGGGGGUGCCUGGCUCCAGAGCUCUGCUUCCAAGCAGUCAAAGCCGCCACAGAGCAGCCCUUUGCAGACGGAGUCCGGAGGGAACAGGAGCUGUUUAACAUCCUGCUGACCUCAGGCCAAGCCCAAGCACUGCAGUAUGCUUUCUUUGCAGAGAGAGCAGUGCAGAGGUGGACAAUGCUCAGUGGAGCUUCGUGGAAAAGUGCUUCCCCUCAGCCCAUCUGCAGAGCGGCUGUGAUAGGGCUGGGAACAAUGGGCCGAGGCAUUGUGACUUCUCUGGUUAAGGCCAACAUACCCGUGGUAGCCCUGGAGCAGGACGUGGAGUGUCUGAACACGGGAAGAAAAGCUGUGAUGCUCCUUUUGGAACGUGAGGCUAUGAAAAUGGGGCAGGAUGCCCAAAGCCUGGAUUUCCAUAACCCUGCGCGUCUCCAGUUCACUGUGGACUUUGAUGGGUUGCGGGAUGUAGAUCUAGUUAUCGAAGCUGUGUUUGAGAACAUGGCACUGAAGAAGGAAAUAUUCAAAAAGCUAUCAGGGAUCUGCAAGCCGGGGGCCUUUCUGUGUACAAACACAUCAGCCCUGAACAUCGAUGAAAUAGCCUCUGCCACGAGCCACCCACAGCAGGUCAUUGGCACACACUUCUUCUCCCCUGCUCAUGUGAUGAGGCUGUUAGAAAUAAUCUAUGGCCGUCACACGUCCCCAGUUGCCAUUGCCACUGCCAUGCAACUAGCCAAAGCGAUGAAAAAGGUUGGAGUGGUGGUAGGGAAUUGCUUUGGUUUCGUCGGGAACCGAAUGAUGUUUCCAUAUGUACAACAGGCGGUUUUCCUUUUAGAGGAAGGAAGCAGACCAGAGGACGUAGAUCAGGUUCUUGAAGAUUUUGGGUUUAAGAUAGGGCCUUUCCGAAUGUCUGAUCUCGCCGGGCUGGACGUGGGCUGGAGGUCUCGGAAGGGCCAGGGCCUCACUGGGGCCUCACUGCCUCCAGGAACGCCUGCCCGCCAGCGGCACGGCCGUCGCUACAGCCCGCUGCCCGACCUUCUGUGUGAGCAAGGCAGGUUUGGGCAGAAAACUGGAAAAGGCUGGUAUCAGUACGAGAAGGCUGGGGGCAGGACAGCCAGGCCAGAUCCGUGGCUUCACAGCUUCCUGUCUGAGUACAGGGACACCCAUCAGAUCAAGACCCGCUUUAUAGACCAGGAGGAAAUCCUGGAGCGGUGUUUGUUUUCUCUCAUCAAUGAAGGAUUUAACAUCCUGGCUGAAGGAAUAGCUUCAGGCCCAGAACACCUUGAUGUCAUUUAUAUCAAUGGCUAUGGGUGGCCAAAGCACAAGGGUGGCCCCAUGUUCUAUGCUUCCACCGUUGGGCUCCCUCGCAUUCUGGCUAAGCUGCAGAAAUACUCUGAGGCCCACCCUGAUGUCCCCGAGCUGCGUCCCAGUGCCUUUCUGAAAAAGCUGGUAGCUGCGGGGAACCCUCCCCUCAAAGAGUGGAUGUCGUGCUCAGGCUCACAGAGCAGCAAGCUGUGAUUUCAUUGAUACCUGCUCUAUAAAUUCAUGGGAGAGAUCUCGUGAAACAGGUGCUGUAAUUGCCCUGUCUGUUCCAAUCAAAACCAAAGUGCUUCGGGCUCGUAAACAAUGUCACUAACCUUCCUGGGCCUUCGCAGAGAAUAACUUUGGCCAACGAUUGAUCUCAGUCAGCCCCCCGCUGCCGGCAGCCACUGCCAUCACCCACCCUUCCGUCUCACCACCAGCCUCACCCACCUUUUUUGCACAUCGCUGUGCACGGACGCAUUUCACUUUGCUCUGCCUUUAGGACUUCACAGCAGUGCUUCUCUUCCGGUCUGUCUGUGUCGAAGGGACAGCAGCACACAGCCCUCAAAGCAAAUCACAGAGGGAGGCGAGAGCGAGACGGUCACAAUUCACAAAGGAGAUGGUCACAGUUCACCCCACAUGAGAUGAAUCUACAGAUCCUGGCCUAAAUGUAUUUCGCAGCCUGUUCAGAUCUCCCCCUGCAGCCCAUCUCCACCCCAGAUUUCCUGGCUCUCCGAAAUGCAGCCAGUUGGAGCCUGUUCCCUUCCUGCUGCUGGGGGGAGUUGGCACAAGGGGCACAGUGCCUUUCAGAGGUAAAUUCAAAUGAAUUGGAGAGAGCAGCUUUGGACAGAGAGCGAGGGGCAGGGCUGGUACUGUCCCCUCCUCCCACAGAAGCAAAUGCUGAUAAAUGACAGAAAAGCCACAAAUGCAUCAACCUGCCCAACUUGCCCGGUGAUGUUGGCUCACGACCGGCCUUCUGCAUCCAGGCUCCAGCCUCCUUUAUCAUCCACCUGUCUGUGUCCAGGCAGAAACAUCUUCUGGCAUCUCUAAGUGUGGGUUUGCGUUGCCAACCCUCCCCCUUUCUUGCCUGCCUACAGCUACCUAAUUGAUCUAAUUGACCAGACUGAAGCCUGGCCUGGCACUUACCGGGUUUUCACAUGCACAAAGGGCACGCGGAGGAGUGCAGGGCUCCAGAGCUGUGCAGGCAGGAACAUUUCUGCAGGCACACAGGGAGCAGAGCAGGGGGAGGUGACCAAACUUCCUCCAGGCUUGCUGCUGUGGGGCAGUCACCCACUGCUCGUGGCCUGUGAAUUUAUCGCCUAGGCUGGCGUGGGGUGUGGGUGGGUCUGGGUUCCCUUCUCAGGAAGAUUAACAUCGGAUAUCUAACUUCUGCUUUCUAUUUUAAUAAAACUGCUUUGAUUACA